AUGUACACACUCAAGCUCGAGAAGGCAGAGGAAGAACGGAAGGACCUGCAGCAGCGUCACGCUCAUCAACUGGCCAACUAUUCACACGAACUCUCAAGACUCGAGCGACUUCUGGAGAAGGCGCAUACCGUGGUCCAGGAGAAGGAUAAUGAACUCCGACUUCAACGUACUCGACAGCUUUACUGCAGUACGCCAGCCACACCAAGCUCUGCCAGCUUACAGGUGAAGAACAUCUUCUCGGAUGACAUUUGGAAGGGGUUAUUGCCGAUGCCUCCACCCGCUGGCACCUCCAGUACUGAGGUCUCUAAAGAGCGACCUCGAGAGGCGAUCACAGUGUCGACGACUUCGUUGGCUCCAGUGUCGUUCACUUCACACGUGGGGCAGGCGUUCGAGCAGCUACUGACCCACCCGCUCGUGGCCUUGCACGACAACACACUGGACCGCAGUACACGCGAGUGGCUGCAGGAGCUGCGGCAGUGCGGCUCGCAGAUGCUGACGCUGCAUCACUCGUUCCAGGUCAUGGCGCGCUCGCUCCAGCACGUCGCGGAGAGUACGCACAUGUAUCAACUGGCCGAGACUCUGACGGAAGAAACGCGCGAGCUGAUGCAGGCGGAGCAAGUGCUGGUGCUGGUCGUGGACAAGUCGGAGCAGGAGUUCUGGUGCCGCAUGCCGGCACUACCGGUAUCUGCGGCGGUGCCGUGUGGCCUAGCCGCGUUCGUGUACCACACAAAGCGGCCAUUGUUGCUGCCCGCCGGCCAAUUGGUCCGACAUCCGAGCUACUCCACGGCCAGUGACAACGCAGACCGGUUAGUGGUGCACCCGAACGCCUCUACCCUGUUAGUGCCGAUCUUGCACGACAACCACGUGCUGGCUGUUGUCCAAGUGUGUGGAAAACUGACCCAAGUGCAGGCUUUGGGGCUCUCAAUCGCCCUCGAGAGGUGCGAUGUCUUCACGCCCGAAGACCAGGCGCUGUUAACGCUAUUAUGCCACUUCUCGAGCGGGUUGUUCCCCAAAGUCGCGUACUUCACGGACGUGGAGAGCAACAAGGUGAACGAGGAGACGUUCAUCCAGCUGGCCCCGGAGAUCUUCACGUGUCUGCACUUCGACGAGCUGGGCAAGGUCGUGAUUGAGAACGCCAAGAACAUUUUAGACGCGGAUCGCUGCUCGCUGUUCGUUGCCGACACUGCAACGCGGACGCUCCACAACUGGCACAGCGACAUCAGCGGCGCCGGGGUUGAAGUGUACCGCAGAUCCUCUACACAGAAGGCCGACACGGGCAUGACGAUCCACUUUGGCCAGGGCAUCGUCGGGUUAGUAGCUGAGACGCAGCAGUCCAUCAACAUCCCGGACGCCUACGACGACCCGCGCUUCAACUCGGCGUGGGACCAGAAGACGCACUACCGCACCAAGAGCAUGCUGACGGUGCCCAUUAUCUCCAACAUGGGCACCUCCGAGAAGCCAAAAGCCACUGCAACUAAGGAGCACACGCUACUGGGCGUGGUUCAGGUGAUCAACAAGUCUGGAGGCGCUCCAUUCCGUGCCAAGGACGAGUUCUUGUUGCAAACCAUCUCGAAGCUCAUCGCGCUGGCCAUCGAGAACUCGCAGCUUUUCCAGAGGAACCAGGAGCUGUGCUGGAACGUGGGCAAGCUCAUCGCCGAUGGAGACCUCGUAGAGGCCGUUGUGAGUCUUGGGAUCGCCGCUGAGCAGAUUAUCGGCGUUGAAGGAGCUGCUGUCUACGUCGUGGACCCAGACACCCAUGAGCUGGUGACGUUCCACCACAAGCGCCGCUAUCGGAUCGCCCUCUCGGAACAGGCCUAUGCUGGAUCAUUGAUGGAAGACGCCGUGCGCUCGCAGCAGCUUACGAUCGUCAACGACAUUGGCAAGACGUCGCAGUUCAACGCGUUCGUGGACAGUCUGAGCGGCAUUCCAGCGCGUAACCUGUUGUUGGCUCCGUUAAUCAAGCUCGUGGGUCUGCUGCAGCUGGUCAAUAUCAAGGGCCGCAAGAACCAAUUCGACCAGCACGACUUGUUCCUGUCCAUCGUCCAGAGCCAGAGCUGCAGUGUACUAGCCGCCAUCCUGGAGAAGCAGCGCAUGAUGCGCCAGAAGGAGCAGAUCGCGCUGCUCUUGGACGCGUCCAUGUCGUUUUUCAAGGAAAUGAGCGUCAUCGGAGUCAUCAACGCCGUCUACAACGCCUGCGUCAGCAUCUUCGACGCCACUACCACCGCUCACCUCUUCCUCUGGGAGGAAAACGCUUACCCUAUCGACAAGGAGCGCGAGCGGCACAUGUGGACGUCCAAGAUCUCGCCUCAAGCCGCAGCGUCACACACAGCGAGAGCCACCCCGCACAGCUCGGCCACUAACAUCCACCAGCUUGCAAUGGAUGCCAGAGGAGGCAGCAGCAUGAGCUUCAUCCCGUCCUUAGGAGCUCAAUCGCGGAAGCUGUCGGUGGUGACGGACCAGACCAUGCGCGUACCGACCGGCGAAGGUUUGUUCCAGCAAGUGCUGCUGCGUGGCAGCGCUGUCAUCGUCAAGAACUGGAUCGUGGAUGAAUACACGAUGAAGGCCACGCGCACCGACGUUCGGCUAGGAUUUAUUCGCCACGCAGUCGUGGCGUGCCCAGUUUGGGGCAGCUAUGGCCAAGAGAUCGUCGGUGUGUUGGUGCUGUUGUUCCCUCGGGACCAUCCGGCGGUGGCUGCGGGUGCUCGAAGUGAACAGCUCAGCACUCUGCCCAUCUUGACGCGGCAGAUCUCCGGCGCUUUGGGUGUUUGCCACGACCUUAUCACGGUAUCAACUCGAGCCCACAAGAUGCAGAGCAUGCUGGAGCUCUCCCGACAGGCCCCGAAGGCUGCUGCAUCGCUCACGCUCACUGCACGCGGCCACCUCGGGUCGUUCUCCCAGCCUGUCAACGUGUGUUCAAGAGCGUUCAGCUCCCGCGCUCUUCUCGCCGAGCUGCAUCCGGUUUCCGCUUCGAACUUGACCGUGCACUCGCUCUACAUGGACGAAGAGGGCCAUCGCUGGGCCUUUCAGAUCUCUGGAGCCACUGCUCACGAGAUGAGCUGCGACCACUUCGUACAGUGGAUCGGCAAGAAGAUCGAGCUGCCUGCUGGACGCACCGAAGCCGAAAUCUUCGGCAAGCUCCGAACCGACCUGCAGAGCGUUUACUCACGGAAGGAGGUGGUCACUGGCUCUCCGUUCGAGUCAACUCUGUCACGGUCGAUCCUCCUGAAAGUUCGGCAGUUGAUGUGGGAGUUCGUGGAUACGGGCUGGCAUGUUGACGUGGCCGGGGCCAGUGCUGGCAUAUCCUUGGGCGUCGAUGAAUGGGCCCAACUCCACGCGUGUUUCGCGGAUGAACACAACGGACUGGUAGAUGUGGAUGUCAUGCUGACAGCGUUGAAGCCGCAGCUCAAGAGCUUCCCCGUGGUGACGUACGAACUCGCUCCAGUGCUCAACAACGUGACGCAGGUCGUCGUCAGUGUACAAAUGCUGCUCUCCGGCUGA